UUCCCUGUGGUAAACCUGGAAGUUUUCCACUUUCCGACGGCCCUUGAAGCCACCAUCCCCAUUCUUCCUCCUCCUCGGAGCGGACAUCAGGCGCUGCCCGCAUCACGGAGCCAUUUCACCUCGACUGCACAUCCAAAGCGAGCUUGACGGGCCUCCAUCAUGACGGACUCCAAAUAUUUCACAACCAACAAAAAAGGAGAAAUCUUUGAGCUGAAGGCAGAGCUGAACAAUGAGAAGAAGGAGAAGAGGAAGGAGGCCGUGAAGAAAGUCAUCGCCGCCAUGACUGUCGGCAAGGACGUCAGCUCUCUGUUCCCUGAUGUGGUGAACUGCAUGCAGACUGACAACCUGGAGCUGAAGAAGCUGGUGUACCUGUACCUGAUGAACUACGCCAAGAGCCAGCCGGACAUGGCCAUCAUGGCUGUGAACAGCUUCGUCAAGGACUGCGAGGACCCCAACCCCCUGAUCCGGGCUCUGGCCGUCCGCACCAUGGGCUGCAUCCGGGUGGACAAGAUCACGGAGUACCUGUGCGAGCCGCUGAGGAAGUGUCUGAAAGACGAGGACCCCUACGUCAGGAAGACGGCCGCUGUUUGUGUGGCGAAGCUGCAUGACAUCAACGCCCAGAUGGUGGAGGACCAGGGCUUCCUGGACUCCCUCAGGGACCUCAUCGCCGACUCCAACCCCAUGGUGGUGGCCAACGCCGUGGCUGCCCUGUCGGAGAUCAGCGAGUCCCAUCCCAACAGCAACCUGCUGGACCUCAACCCCCAGAACAUCAACAAGCUGCUCACCGCCCUCAACGAGUGCACCGAGUGGGGCCAGAUCUUCAUCCUGGACUGCCUGUCCAACUACAACCCCAAGGACGAGCGCGAGGCGCAGAGCAUCUGCGAGCGCGUCACGCCCCGGCUGUCCCACGCCAACUCGGCCGUGGUGCUCUCGGCCGUCAAGGUGCUCAUGAAGUUUCUGGAGCUGCUGCCCAAGGACUCGGACUAUUACAACACCCUGCUGAAGAAGCUGUCGCCGCCGCUGGUCACCCUGCUGUCCGGGGAGCCCGAGGUGCAGUACGUCGCCCUGAGGAACAUCAACCUGAUCGUCCAGAAGAGGCCUGAGAUCCUGAAGCAGGAGAUCAAGGUGUUCUUCGUCAAGUACAACGACCCCAUCUACGUGAAACUGGAGAAACUGGACAUCAUGAUCCGCCUGGCCUCCCAGGCCAACAUCGCCCAGGUCCUGGCUGAGCUGAAGGAGUACGCCACCGAGGUGGACGUGGACUUUGUGCGUAAGGCCGUGCGAGCCAUCGGACGCUGCGCCAUCAAAGUGGAGCAAUCAGCUGAGCGCUGCGUGAGCACCCUGCUGGACCUCAUCCAGACCAAAGUCAACUACGUGGUCCAGGAAGCCAUCGUGGUCAUCAGGGACAUCUUCCGCAAGUACCCCAACAAGUACGAGAGCAUCAUCGCCACGCUGUGCGAAAACCUCGACUCGCUGGAUGAGCCCGACGCUCGCGCCGCCAUGAUCUGGAUCGUUGGCGAAUACGCCGAGAGGAUCGACAACGCCGACGAACUCCUGGAGAGCUUCCUGGAGGGCUUCCACGACGAGAGCACCCAGGUGCAGCUCACUCUGCUCACCGCCAUCGUCAAGCUGUUCCUCAAGAAGCCGUCAGAGACCCAGGAGCUGGUCCAGCAGGUCCUCAGCCUGGCUACGCAGGACUCGGACAACCCUGACCUGCGUGACAGGGGUUACAUCUACUGGCGCCUGCUGUCCACCGACCCGGUCACCGCCAAGGAGGUGGUGCUGUCGGAGAAGCCGCUGAUCUCCGAGGAGACGGACCUGAUCGAGCCCACCCUGCUGGACGAGCUCAUCUGCCACAUCGGCUCCUUGGCCUCCGUCUACCACAAACCCCCCAACGCCUUCGUGGAGGGCAGCCACGGCAUCCACCGGAAACACCUGCCGGUCCAGCACAGCAGCAUCGACACGGGGGAGAGUCCGGUGAGCGGCGGGCCGGCGGCCCCGAUGGACCAGCCGCACGUCAUCCCCAGCCAGGGCGACCUGCUGGGGGACCUGCUCAACCUGGACCUGGGCCCCCCAGUCAACGUCCCACAGGUCUCCUCCAUGCAGAUGGGUGCAGUGGAUCUACUGGGAGGGGGCCUGGACAGCCUGCUGGGGGGAGACCUGGGCGGAGGUGUUGGGGGAAGUCCAGCUGUGGGACAGAACUUCAUCCCCUCAUCUGUCCCCAACACAUUUGCUCCAUCGCCCACGCCGGCCCCUGCAGCUCCCAGCAGCGGCCUCAACGACCUGUUUGAGCUUUCCACAGGCAUGGCCAUCGCCACCGGAGGCUACGUGUCUCCAAAAACCGUGUGGCUACCUGCAGUGAAAGCCAAAGGUCUGGAGAUCUCUGGGACUUUCUCUCGCCGACAGGGUCACAUGUACAUGGACAUGACCUUCACCAACAAGGCCCUGCAGCACAUGACAGACUUCGCCAUCCAGUUCAACAAGAACAGUUUCGGGGUGAUCCCCACCAGUCCUCUGCCCAUUCACACUCCACUGAUGCCCAGCCAGAGCAUUGAGAUCUCCCUGCCUCUCAACACCAUCGGGCCGGUGAUGAAGAUGGAUCCGCUCAAUAACCUGCAGGUCGCUGUGAAGAACAACAUCGACGUCUUCUACUUCAGCGGCCUUAUCCCUCUGAACAUCUUCUUUGUCGAGGACGGCAAAAUGGAGCGACAGGUGUUCCUGGCCACCUGGAAGGACAUUCCCAACGAGAACGAGCUGCAGUACCAGAUCAAGGACUGCCACCUGAACGCAGACACCGUCUCCGGGAAGCUGCAGAACAACAACAUCUACACCAUCGCCAAGAGGAACGUGGAGGGCCAGGACAUGCUCUACCAGUCCCUCAAGCUCACCAACGGCAUCUGGAUCCUGGCUGAGCUCCGGAUUCAGCCCGGCAACCCCAACUACACGCUGUCUCUGAAGUGCCGCGCCCCGGAGGUUUCUCAGUACGUGUACCAGGUGUACGACUCGGUCCUGAAGAACUGAAGCGGCCCUCACCUGGGCUUCAUCCUGACAGUAAACAGCACCCCCCCACCCCUCCCCUCACCCCCCCCUCCACCCCCACCCCCACCCCCCCACCCCCCACCCCCUCCCUCCCCUCACCCCACCCCCCACCCCACAGCUAACUGCCACAAGCAGGAAGUCACCACAGUGAACCAGUGCCGCUCCACACGCUGGGAUAUUCAGCAUCCGGGGCGUUUUCCACACGCAGACGCCCGUAAAUACAAAACACAAAGAUGUUUUCCGCAUAACCGACGUGGAGAUGACACACUCUGCUGGUGUUUCCUGUCCUCUGGCAGUUCUCUGUCCCCUCCUCCUUGUGAAAACAUCGUAUAUCCACCAUUCCAUCCUUAACUUAGAUGUCUUAAUAUCGUAAGAUGUGAUUGAUGGUGAAACUGUCCUGAUCGGGGAAAAACACUCCAAAUUUCCAUAAAGCCCCCCCACCUUUUCUUUUCUUUUCUUUUCUUUUCUUUUCUUUUCUUUUCUUUUUGUUUGUUUCUUUGUUUUGGUACUGUGAAUAGUUCCCGUUCGCUGAUCAUCUUUCCUUUUGGUUUCUGUUUGAUAUUUGACACUGACUGUGUCUCCGUGGUACUUCCUCUCCAUUCCACCAGUGACGCUCCAUCGAGGCCAGUCGGUGUCCUGGUUUGACCACCUGAGUCUUUCUGUAAUAACUCCAUUUAUCGUGCUCAGCUUUAUAGUUUGACAUUCCUGUUUAUCCUGCAUCUACCUCUGCGUUCUGUCCUCCUCACUAGCUUCCAUGUUGCAGUAUAGAUGCGCCAGAUGUGAGUAGUGAGUUUUAUAUCCUGUAACGUGCUUAAAAUGGUUUCACCCUCCUUUAAUUCCAGCACAUUUGAUUUUAUACAGGAUCGAUUUCCACAGUAGGUUUAUUGAUGGACUGUAUGCAGCCAAAUCCAACAUGAUUUCAUUCAGAUCAGAUCGAUGCCAACUUUGUCUCUCCAUAUUUUGCGGUUAGUAACCGGCACUGUGUGAACAAAAAAAAAAAAAAAAAAAAAAACAAACAGCAGUUGGAGCUGAGUACGUUUUACUUCAGGGAUUGAUCAGUUAUCGGUCCCGUCCGAUCACCUGGGCAGGGCAAUUUUUCCCAUAAUAUAUAAAAUAUCUUCAUUUCCCUUUGCACUGGAUUGGUAGUAAAUUCGUGUCGUCCUUACUUACAUGCCUUAAGCUCUGAAGGGUUACAGGUUUCACAAGUGUUUAUUUAAAUCCAGUAAAACUGAAAUGAAAUCAUUUAAACACAAGAAAUCUGGUGUUGAUCCAGCUACAGUGAUGACACCCAGAUCUAUCAUUUUAAAAAUUACAAAUAGAGUUUUCCUGUAUUUUUUUUUUUUUUUCCAGUUUUGUUUUCCGGUAAAUUUCUGCUCAUUUUCCUCCGUGCACAAAGUCCCUGUCGGUCGAUCCCUGUUUUAUCUGCAUUCCCUUCCUGUUCACAGUUGGUGCUUCAUUGACUUCUGUGCCACGUUGUUCCAUGGUAAUGGUGAUUUAUGAUGAAAGUAUAUUAAUCUAACCUGCUUUUGCUGAGAUGAUUUACGAGCCUCCACCUGUCUCAAGCCCAGCCGAAGAUCCAAUAAAAACGCUCUUUGAAAAUAUCAUUAGUUUUAUUCUGCUGUCGCCACGUGUGCCUGCAUGACUUUCUCCUGUUUAUUCUCCGCUCAGACAUUCUCUCAUGCUCCUGGAAGACCUUCGUUUUAAAACGGUGUUUUUUUUUCUUCAACAUUUCCACAAAUAAAAAAAUGUCCAAACUUGUUGCCAAUCUGAUGAAAUGGUAUGUUUCUAGCAUUGUUGCUGUAAAGCUGUUGUAGAUGACUGUUGUAGAUGUCACUGUAAACCCCAUUGUGUCAAUAAAUUGUCAGUGUUCAUACGGA